AUGCGCACCGAUUUGGAGCUGGCGCGGGGUAGUGGUGGUGCUGUUGUACGCUCUGCCGUUGGAGGUUGCAGAGACGUUUUGACUUGGAGGAGCUCUCCUCGAUUGGAAAUAAUUUGGGCGGAGCUCGACGUCACUUGCAGGGGUCUUGAAAGCCCAAAACCCGGGCUGUACGUGUACGGCAUGCAGCCCUUUUCCCGUGAAGCAAUGAGACCAUCAAACUAGCACCGUCCGCCCAGACCUGACCCGAGUAAAAGAUUGUCGCAUUUAUUUCUUCUUGUCGGCGGCGGUCUGCUCCUUCAGCACCUUCUUGACGAUCUUCUGCUCCUCAAUGAGGAAAGCACGGACGAUACGGUCACGGACGCAGUUGCCGCAUCUUGAGCCACCGUACGCGCGCUGGACGGUCUUCUUGGGCUUGGAGAUCUGGGCAUACUCCUUGGGGCGGAGGGCGGGGAUCUGUAAAUCAGUCCUGUCAGUAUUUCGUCCGUCUUUGCUACGAGAUCCCCUGCAACACAAACGAAUCCGCCCUCAAAUUCCCCUUCGUCGGUUUCGUGGGCUGUCGGCGGGCCUCGGGUGGUGUGUUGAAAAGCAAACUGAGGUAUGAAGUCGAAAUGCAGCACAGGAGUUGCGUUUGUUGGAGAUGCUCAAGUCGGGGUCGAAUCGUUACGGGCGUCGUUUGUCAUACGAAGUUUGUAUCGAAUAAUUCAAAAGGUCGAUGGAAUCGUGGUUUGCUGCUCUACCCAUUUUCCCUUUCUCGAACCAUUCCUUUCCCCAUUCGUGUAGCACUAAAGAUUCGAAUAAAACUUACACCAGGGAGUUUGAUGCCGCAGUCGCCACACUUGGGGGCAGUGCCGCGCUUCUUGAUGUGAAGAACACGGAGCUCACCACCGGGAGUCUUGACAACCCGCGUCCGGUUGGACGAGGUGUUGUAGCUGCAAAGAGAAGCUCGAGUCAGCCAAAUUAUUCUUCCCCGAUUUCCAGGUCCACGGUCGGGACAAGACGAAUUGAUUCGGGGCGACUCACGGGUUCCGGCGACGGUAGGUGACUCUGUUGUUGGCCAUUGCUGCGGUGAUGUCGCUGUCGUGAUGUUUCCGUCGACU